AUGGCGGCGGCCGUGGAGAAUGUUGUGAAAGUGCUCGGUGAGCAGUACUAUAAGGAUGCUAUGGAACAGUGCCACAGUUAUAAUGCGCGGCUGUGCGCAGAGAGAAGCAUCCUCAUGCCGUUUUUGGACUCUCAGACUGGGGUGGCUCAGAGUAACUGCUACAUCUGGAUGGAGAAACGACACAGGAGUCCAGGAACAGCACCAGGACAGCUGUACACAUACCCAGCUCGGCGCUGGAGGAAGAAAAGGAGGGCCCAUCCUCCUGAGGACCCUGCCCUGGUCUUCCCCCCUCUAAAAACAGGUAUUUCAUCACAGUUCCUUCCCCUCUGCUCGGAGGUGGAAUUGGGGCUGAAGAAGGAUGUUUUGGGACCACUGGAUGGCAGUAGUCUGGAGGCCUUGUUGAAAGGCGAGCCUGUUGAUAAGAGAGGACCUCCAGAGCUGAAGGGUCCAGAGGAUGACACCAGCCUUGCUGACAUCACAGGCUCCAGUGCAGCUGGAGGUCACAGUGGCUCUACGCGUGUCAGAAAGAGAAUUCUCGAGCCCGAGGACUACCUCGACGAUCUCGACGAUGAAGACUUCGAGGAAGAGACCCCAAAAAGACGCGGCAAAGGCAAAUCCAAGGGUCGCGGCGUCGGGAACGGAAAGAAGAAAAUGGAAGCAGCGGCGGCAGCUUUGGAGGAUCGGGAUAAGCCGUACGCGUGCGACAUCUGUGGGAAGCGCUAUAAGAACAGGCCAGGCCUGAGUUACCACUACACUCAUUCUCACCUGGCCGAUGAGGAGGGUGAGGAUAAAGAGGAGGCUGAGGUACACACUCCUGCUCCGAGAGAGGACAGCAAGACCCCUAAAAAAGGACCCAAUGGCCUGGCCCUGCCUAAUGAUUAUUGUGAUUUCUGCCUGGGCGAUUCUAACAUGAACCAGAAGACAGGCCAGUCAGAGGAGCUGGUGUCCUGCUCAGACUGUGGACGUUCAGGUCACCCGUCCUGUCUGCAGUUCACCGCCGUGAUGAUGGCCGCGGUGAAGACGUACCGUUGGCAGUGUAUCGAGUGCAAGUGCUGUAACAUCUGCGGCACGUCUGAGAACGAUGAUCAGCUCCUGUUCUGUGAUGACUGCGACCGCGGCUACCAUAUGUACUGUCUCACCCCUCCGAUGUCCGAUCCCCCCGAAGGAAGUUGGAGCUGUCAUCUGUGUCUGGCACUACUGAAGGACAAGGCAUCCAUCUACCAGAGCCAGAAUGCUCCUAUGGAAUAAUCCAGACACCUCUGAGAAUGCCCUUACCUUCUGAACUUAUGUUCAUUUUAUU